AUGGAGAGUAAAUCCGAUUCCAUCCCAAGUAGCGUACAUCAAGUCAGUCAGACAGAUGGGGAGAAACCGAUCCCUCCACCGAGAAAUGGCACAGGUGGUCAUGGAGCUUUUGGAGAAGGUGUGGAAGAGAGGACGGAUUUGAAACGUCAAUUGAAGGCAAGACAUAUCGCUAUGAUCAGUAUUGGAGGUGUCAUAGGAACUGGUCUGUUCCUUGGAACCGGCAAUGCGUUGGCGAAUGGUGGACCGCUAGGCCUUUUCCUCGGAUACGCCCUCAUGGGUUCUAUUUGUUAUUGCACCAUGAUUUCACUUGGCGAAAUGGUCUCCUACCUCCCCCUCCCUGGAGGUCCUGUGAAACUCUCGUCUAGAUAUUUUGAUGAUUCUUUGGCUUUCGCCUUAGGAUGGAAUUACUGGUUCAACUGGGUGGUGAUCAUGCCCACUGAAAUAUCCGCCGCUGCGGUCCUCAUCAAUCUCUGGCAGAAGACCAUCUCCAACGCACUAUGGAUCACUAUCUGUCUACUUGUCGUCCUCGCUAUCAACCUCCUCGGCACUGGUGUCUACGGCGAGUGUGAAUUCUGGUUCGCAUCGAUCAAAGUCAUCACCAUCACCGGUCUUAUCAUCCUUGGAAUCAUCAUAACUUCCGGUGGCGGACCAGACCAUAGAAGUAUAGGGUUUCAGUAUUGGCGACAUCCCGGUCCGUUCGUACAGUACGAUGGUAUAGGGGGUGCGAAAGGACGUUUCUUGGGAUUUUGGGCUGUCCUCACUCAAGCUGCUUUCUCUUAUAUCGGAACGGAAAUCGUUGCCAUAGCCGCUGGAGAAGCUAAAAACCCUCGUCGUAAUAUCCCGAAGGCUAUCAAGAAAGUCUACAUCCGGAUCUUGAUCUUCUACCUUGGCGGAACAUUCAUCAUUGGUCUUCUAGUCCCAUCCGAUAACGAAGGUCUCCAUCUGAAUUCAGGAACAGCAUUAGCCAGUCCAUUUGUUAUCGCUAUACGAAACGCCGGUAUCCCAGCCUUACCAUCGAUCAUUAACGCCGCACUUCUCACUUCCGCUUGGUCGGCAGCUUCCAGCGAUCUCUUCACUUCUUCUCGAGCUCUAUACUCCCUCGCAAUGGUAGGGGAAGCACCUAGGAUAUUCACUAGAACCACAAGAAGGGGUACACCUCUCAUUUCAGUUCUCUUUUGUGCAGCAUUCGGUGGUCUAGCUUAUAUGUCACUUUCCACCUCGGCCGGACAAGCGUUCAAAUAUCUAUCAAACCUGACUUCGUCGGCGGGAUUGAUCACCUGGUGGGGGAUAUGUUUGACUUAUAUCAAUUUCAACAAAGGUCUCAAAGUUCAAAAUAUCUCCAGGUCAACUCUUCCGUAUAGAUCGGUUCUUAACAAUGGAGCGGGAGCAGCUUGGUACGCCGUGAUACUUAUCAGUAUCAUCCUUUUCUUCCAAGGGUUUAGUCUUUUCCUGAGAAACAAAUGGGAUUCCCGAGAGUUUGUGACUGACUAUUUACCAGUAUGGCUCUUUCCCAUAUUGUGGGUAGGGUACAAAUUGGUGUAUCGAACUAGAUGGAGGAGGGCGGCAGAGUUAGAUUUCAUCACUGGAUUAGAUGUGAUCGAAGCGGAUUCGUACGACGAACCACAACCUACCAAUGUAUGGGGCAGGAUAUGGGCGACUAUUAUAUGA